AUCCCCAGACCUUCCAACUCGUUUGUCUGCUAUCGCUCUGCUUAUGCUGAUCGUAUCAAACAAUGGGCCUCUGAAGACAACCACCAGGGUGUUUCUAGGAUUGCUGGUGCCAGCUGGAAGCUUGAGCCUGACGACGUUCGCAACUUCUACAUUGAAUGUGCUGAACUCGACAGAGCCAAUCACGCCAAAGCUUUCCCUUCCUACAAAUUCAAGCCUAAACAAAAAUCGACUUCCCGC